GCUUCCUUCGGAUGUAAAGCCCUGGAAUGAGUGAGAAGAAGAAUGGAGGAUUCACGAGCACAGCACAGAUUCACCACCGCGCUGCUGUUUCAAUGCGCGCUGUACAUGAAGCAGCAAAUAUCCCCAACAAUUCGAUGCCGAAUUUCUACACCCAACUCCCUCGUAGCUAAAUAGAUAAGUGUGGUUGCUCAAAACGGUGCAGCACCGUGUGAGAUGAGAUCAGUGUGUGUGUGUCGGCUGAACGCGGAAUUUGGAUCCCCUCUCUCGUGAAUUAGUAGCUGAGCUUUGAUUCAUCUUCUCAUCGUCCUGUUCAGUGAUUUUGCUGCGUGACCCAGUUGUGGAAGAGUGAUUUUAGAGCUGGAAUGAGGGAUUAGGGUUGGGUUUUGGAAGAGUGAGUGGAGAAUCAGUGUCCGUCACCAUGAAGCUGGUGCGGCAGGACAUCACGAAGAAUGGCGCGGGUAGUGUCAAGCUGGUGCCGGAGGAGCCCGAGGAUAUGUGGCACGUUUACAAUCUGGUGGCUAAGGGGGAUCGCGUAUCGGGUGUGACAGUUCGCAAGGUGAUGCGGGAGACGGCCUCUGGGGCCGGGGAGGCUGAGCGCGUGCGAUUGAAGCUCGAGGUGGAGGUGGAGACUGUUGAGUAUGAUAAGGUGGCGUCGGUGUUGCGAGUGAGGGGGAAGAAUAUGUUGGAGAGCGAGCAUGUGAAGCUCGGGGCGUAUCACACCAUGGAGCUGGAUCAGCAGCGCCCAUUUGUUCUGGCCAAGGCGGUCUGGGACGCCAUGGCGAUUGAUUACCUGAAGCAGGCUUGUGAUCCGGCUGCGAGUGCGGAUGUCGCCGCCGUGAUGAUGCAAGAGGGAUUGGCGAAUAUUUGUUUGGUUGGGGCAAGUAUUACCACGGUGAAAGGAAGGGUGGAGACUUCCAUCCCGAGGAAGCAUGGACCUGCUGUUGCUGGUUAUGACAAAGCCCUAAAUAAGUUUUUUGAGAAUGUGCUCCAAGCUGUGCUGCGCCACGUGAAUUUUGCAGUCGUUCGCUGUCUCGUGGUUGCCAGUCCAGGGUUUACCAAAGACCAGUUUUUUUCCUACAUGAUGUUAGAGGCUACCAGACGGGAUUUGCGCCCAAUUGUUGAGAACAAGGGUAAGAUUGUCUUGACCCAUUCUUCCUCUGGUUACAAGCAUGCGUUGAAGGAAGUGCUGGCGGCUCCCGCUGUUUUGGCACUCAUCAAAGACACCAAAGCGGUGAAAGAAGUCAAGGCAUUGGAUGAUUUCCAUACGAUGCUCGCCAACGACUCCUCACGAGCUUUUUAUGGCCCUGGUCAUGUAUUUGCAGCACACGAUCGCCUAGCUAUUCAGACUCUUCUCAUCACUGAUGAACUCUUCAGAAGCGCUGAUAUUACCACGAGGCGUAAGUAUGUGGACCUUGUAGAGUCGGUCAAGGCUGGAGGCGGGGAUGUAUAUGUAUUCUCUUCCAUGCACAUUUCUGGCGAGCAGCUUCAGCAACUGACUGGCAUUGCUGCCAUCUUACGGUUUCCAUUGCCAGACUUGGAAGAUAUGGAGCUAUGAUUGAUCGUCAUCGUCAAUUAAGUAAGUUCUUCAUUUGUAUAGUGUACCUUUCAAGUUUGAAGCUGCUGUAUGAGCUAGCAGCUGCUCGUUGUUGCGGAUAUAAGGUUGUCGUGAAGAUGUCAUUUCAGGUAUCCCAGCAGCAUGAAGUGAUUUAAUGCAAGUUAAAUUCACAUGAUCAGAGUUGGUCCCUUUGUAACAUCUUCUGGAGAUUAUUAAUCUAGCAGAUUUUCUGUAUGUCGAUUCCUUCUAGUGCUGAGGACCAAUGCGAUCGUGUGCAAUACAAGCCCUACUUGUGUU